CGCCUGCUGCUUUCUGCGAUGCGGCCGUGGAUGUUGGGAGGCGCGUUUCUAUUUGCAUCGUCGUCGAUUCCUCGCCGCCGCCCGCACCCCCCCCUCCGCUCUCUAUGACGGCGCAACUGACUCCGCCCCCCACGCCUGCCCGUCGAAUGUAUUCCGCCGUCCAGGCCGCGCCGGUGCCCGUCAAUCGCCAGCCCAGUACACAGCAAACCACCUACAAUGCACCGAGAAUGUCCAGAGGAUUGCCCAUAGAUGCUCUGCUAUCGAGUCGGCCAGAGCCCGCACGAGAAACGUACGCGAUUGAGAAGUUCCACGAACAUGGACGCGUCUACUACCGAUUCCGCCAGGAUAUGUACAUGUUUCCCGCCGACGAUACGGAGCAUGAGCGCCUGGACAUCCUUCACGACCUGAUCUACGGCACUGCGAUGGCGGGUCAGCUUCACAUCGCCGACUUUGGCAGGAAUCCGCCACGCCGGGUAUUGGACGUUGGAUUCGGUAGCGGGUUUUGGAUGAUCGAGGCAGGCAAACGCUAUCCGGACUGCCAGAUCAUCGGCUUCGAUCUCGACAACCCUCUAGGUGUUGCACAGGACCGCAAUUGCCAAUUCAGAUCGCCCGUGGAUUUUACAGCACCCACCUGGGCCAUCGAGGACGCCUCCGUCGAUCUAGUGCACAUGGCCCAGCUGUGUGGGUGCGUGCCGAGAUGGGAGGAUCUGUACGCAAAGGCUUUCAGAUCACUGCGGCCCAACACAGGGCAGAUCGAGCACAUCGAAUUCGAUUGGACGCCUCGAACUAACGAGCCUCAAAUGCCGCCACAAGCGACAGAUCUGGUGAACUGGUGGUAUUGGAUGCUACUGGCCUCGGACAAAGCUGGGAAAUCGCUACGCUUCCGGGAAGACACCGAAGAUCUCCUGGAAAACGCAGGCUUCGUGGAUGUCAGCCACAAACGAGUCCGGGUGCCCCUCUUCAACGCUGGCACCAAAGACAAGCGCGAAAGAAAGCUGGCUCAUGCAUAUCAGACCGCAAUGGGACACCAGGACUCACAAUCCUUCACCGGCUUCACCAUGGCCCUGUUCACACGCUAUCACGGAAUGCCACCCGAGCAAGCAGCACAAAUCUGUGCUCAAGCGCUGGCGGUUGUGCAAGGGCAACCCUUGCCUCUUUACAUCACUUUGCACGUCUAUACGGCUCGUCGUCCGCAGAGCUAGUCGCACAUCCUAGUGUUGUUAUUCGACACCCCAUUGGACCUUCGACCACGCUGCAACUGCGCCAUGCAGCAGCAGCAUCAUGAGCUGGUAAAAGCUAGCUUGGAUGCGCGCGUUGGGAAGCUCAGGCACCGCCGACCGGACCUUCCUUCGUCCCGGAUGUUGGAGGUCGGUCGGUAUUUUCUACUUAUGCAGCUUCUCAAGUACCUUUACGGCGUUCGCCAUGCUGGUCGGAAGUACACGCACGCUCGAAGC